AGACAAACUAGAGUACAAAAUUUUAUAGCAUCUUUUUCGCCUUUAGAGAUCAUAGUUCUCGAACGAGCAAUCGAAAAGAUUCUGAAACAUCCUCGGGUUUUAUAGUUCUCUAACGAGCAAUCGAAAAGAUUUUGAAGCAUCCUCGGAUUUUAUAGUUCUCGAACGAGAAAUUGAAAAGAUUUUGAAGCAUCCUCGAGUUUAGAGAUCAUAGUUUUCGUGAAGCGUCCUCGGGUUUAGGUACUACGUACCCAUCCAACAAAAUGGUUUUGGGUUGGAGAUUAAGAAGAAAAAGCACUAAGAAGAGCCCAAUGGCUAUGAAGGUUGAGAUCCCAAACCAUUUCCUUUGUCCAAUCUCAUUUGACUUGAUGAAAGAUCCAGUUACAUUGUCAUCUGGCAUAACCUACGAUCGAGAAAGUAUAGAGAAGUGGCUCGAGGAUGGGAAUUUCACUUGCCCUGUAACCAAUCAGAUUCUCCAAAGCUUCGAUCAGAUUCCCAACCACUCUCUCCGCAAGAUGAUCCAAGAAUGGGGCAUGGAGAAUCAGAAGCACGGCUUCCAUCGCAUCCCCACGCCCCGAAUCCCCGUCGUCCCAACCGAGGUCUCGGAGACUCUCCUAGCCAUCGAGGCUUCAUCCAGGCAGCUCGACCUGGUCAGCUGCCGAGAAUCCUUGAAGAAAAUCGAGCAAUGGGGCGCCGAGGGCGAGCGCAACAGACGCUGCAUGAUCACAAACGACGCGGCCGAUACCCUCUCGGCCGCGUUCGAGAGUUUCGCAGGCGAAUCAUUCGAGCAGAAUGGUAUCGUCUGCGAGCAGAUACUGUCCAAUUUGGUCUGGAUGUUUCCAAUUGGAAAAGUGGCUCGACAACACUUGGGAUCCGAGGCUUCUCUACGUUGCAUGGUUAGGUUUCUCACACAUACUGAUAUCUCGACCAAGCAGAAUUCGAUCACGACAUUAGAAGAGGUACUUUCUCACGACGAAAAUCAAUACCACGUAGAGUUAUUAACAAACAUCGAUGGAGUAAGUGAAAUACUAUUCGAGCUCAUCCGAAAGAAAGUUUCAACGAAAAUUACAAAAGCUGCCCUCGUGAUAAUCUUCCACAUGGUUUCGGUUCCAGCUUUCGAAGACAUCAGAUCAUCAUUUCUCGAGAUGGGUCUGGUCUCUUCACUCCUGGAAAUUCUCGUAGAGUCCACAGAAGAGAAGAUUAUAAGCGAGAGAGCUCUAAGUGUCAUGGAUGGCGUUCUGGGUUUCUACGAAGGAAGAGUAAAAGCUUAUCAGAAUGCUCUUACUGUACCAGUGUUGGUGAAGAAGCUGUUGAGGGUUUCGGUUUCGGCUACUGAGUUUUCGGUUUCGGCGAUUUGGAAGCUUUGUAUGAAUGCAGUGGUGGAACAAGAGAAGGAAGAACUGGGAAAAGUAGUUCUUGUUGAGGCUCUUCGGGUUGGUGGGUUUCAGAAACUGUUGUUGAUUAUUCAGGUUGGUUGUGGCGUGGAGACGAAGGAGAAAGCUACUGAGGUUUUGAAGCUUUUGAAUCCUUACAGACCAGAGUUGGAAUGUAUUGAGACUGUAGAUUUCAAAAGUCUCCAAAGGUCCUUUUGAAAAUUUUGGAACUAAAAUAAUUCUUUUCUUCUUUUAUCAAAUAUAUAUAUGUAUAUGUAUAUUUUGUUCUAAAUUUUGAAGUAAGAGUAUUUGAUAGAAUAAUCUUUUUUUUUUAUAAUUACUUUGCACAAUAAAUUCGUUUUGAUGAUAAAGAUUACUCCUGAUAUUUCUCGAAA